GUGCCUGUGUGGCUCCUCCUGGAAUACCUGCCUGGUGCUCCGCCCUCCUCAAGACUACCUCACUCUGCCCCCAGCUGGGGACUCCAGCCGGAGAAGCUGACUACACAUUCUCUGCCUUUUCCGUGUUUUCGUGGCCAGAGACAUGACCUGACACCUUGAUGACCAGUCUCAGGGCCCUCGGGUGACUGGCUGGGGCACCAUGGAACUUAAAGUAUGGGUGGACGGAGUUCAGAGGAUUGUUUGUGGGGUCACCGAGGUCACAACUUGCCAGGAGGUUGUCAUAGCCUUAGCUCAAGCAAUAGGUCGAACUGGAAGGUACACUCUUAUAGAAAAAUGGAGAGAUACUGAAAGGCACUUAGCACCUCAUGAAAAUCCUAUCAUAUCCUUAAACAAAUGGGGGCAGUAUGCUAGCGAUGUACAGCUGAUCUUACGUCGCACGGGGCCAUCUCUCAGUGAGCGACCCACGUCGGAUAGCGUGGCUCGAAUUCCUGAAAGAACUUUGUACAGGCAGAGUUUGCCCCCCUUAGCUAAACUGAGGCCUCAGAUUGACAAAACAAUCAAAAGGAGAGAACCUAAAAGGAAAUCAUUAACAUUUACAGGAGGUGCCAAAGGAUUAAUGGACAUUUUUGGAAAAGGUAAAGAAACUGAAUUUAAGCAAAAGGUGCUGAAUAACUGCAAAACAACAGCAGAUGAGUUGAAGAAGCUGAUCCGUUUGCAGACAGAGAAGCUCCAAUCCAUUGAGAAAGAGCUAGAAUCAAAUGAAAUAGAAAUACGAUUUUGGGAGCAAAAAUAUAAUUCUAACCUCGAAGAGGAAAUUGUCCGCCUGGAGCAAAAGAUCAAAAGAAAUGAUGUAGAAAUUGAAGAGGAAGAGUUUUGGGAAAAUGAAUUACAGAUUGAACAGGAAAAUGAAAAACAGCUGAAAGAUCAACUUCAAGAAAUAAGACAGAAAAUAACAGAAUGUGAAAGCAAGUUAAAGGACUAUUUGGCUCAAAUUCAGACUAUGGAAAGUGGUCUUGAAGCAGAAAAAUUGCAACGGGAAGUCCAAGAGGCACAAGUAAAUGAAGAAGAGGUUAAAGGCAAGAUCGGUAAGGUCAGAGGGGAAAUUGACAUCCAAGGCCAGCAGAGUCUAAGGCUGGAAAACGGUAUUAAAGCUGUGGAGAGAUCUCUUGGCCAAGCCACCAAACGAUUACAGGACAAAGAACAAGAAUUGGAGCAGUUGACCAAAGAGCUGCGGCAAGUCAACCUCCAGCAGUUUAUCCAGCAGACAGGGACGAAAGUCACCGUUCUGCCAGCGGAACCCAUUGAAGUGGAGGCCUUGCAUGCAGACAUAGAAAGGGAGGCACCAUUCCAGUCCGGGUCUCUGAAGCGGCCUGGCUCCUCUCGGCAGCUCCCCAGUAACCUGCGUAUUCUACAGAAUCCUAUCUCAUCCGGUUUUAAUCCUGAAGGCAUAUAUGUAUAACGCUACCUGUCUUCAGGGUAGAGAUCCAGUAAAGGUACCAAGGACAGUGAAGAUUCCUUCUUGAUUUUGUGCCAAUGAUGAACAGAGGAUCUGUUUCACAAGCCACCGUAUCUUUUUUCUGUCCUAAGUUGCAUACCACUUGGAGCCAUACCCUCUGCACUGAUGCUAAAGAACAAAGAAACUGUUUCCACACAUCCACAGUGUUGACGUUUUUGUCCAGCAGCUUCAUGCCAAGCCUUCAUUUUUAUUUGUAGCAUUUUGAGAGCAUUAGGGAAGUAUUAUACAGUGUGCAUACGUAAAUAAAACCGUGACUUAAGAGUGAAGAGAAAUAUGUGACUGACUCAGUUUAUUUAUUCCAUGUAAUCAGUUAAUGAGUGAAUGUUGGUGUGUUAAUAUUUUUUAUUAAUACUUAUCCUGUGACUGAAUUACAUUACAUAUCGUGUGAUAAUGACUUUGUGUGCAUGUCGCCAGACUCCACGCAUUGCUGACUUACAGCUCCACAAGUCAUAGGGCGCUCUGCCUUUGUGAACCCAUCCUAGCCACUGCUUAAUUAGAUGAGAGAAUUCAGGUUUUCUUUUUAAUCUGAAGCUUAAUCUUUCCUUUACAGUAUUUCCAGCAUAGGAAUGACCACAUACAAAAACGGAAAUAUUUUCAUGAAGUCAAUUUUAUAUAUAUGUUUAAAAUGUUUGCAGUGCUUCAGACACUGUUGAACAAAAAUAUACUUGUUGAAUAUCUAUCCAAACAGGCAUGGGGUUUCCCAUAACAUGAUGUGUUUUGUUUCUGCCCUGCCUUUUAUUUUAGUCUCAUGGAUCCUCAGUGUUGCCAUAAUAGACAGAUUAGAGAUGUCUGAGGAUAUUUUCAGGAAGGUUGCUUUAAGUGAUAUAUCUUUUAAAAUAACCCACUUUGUAUGUAUGGUUAUUGCUGAAAGCACCCUGGAUAAGUUAUUGCUUGCACAUAAUUUACUGAGUACAUUAUAAACGGUUGCAAUUUCUCCAAUCAUUUAGACAGAAAGUAGAUUGGAGUUAGGUACUUUUUACUAAGGAAAUAAAGUUAAAUUCAGUUGUUUGUUUUCAUUAAUUUUCAGUUCGACUUUUACAGGACAUGAAGCUCCCUCUGUGCAUAUAUUUUCUUAUUUAUAAAACCAAAAAUGAGUCAACACCCCUCCCAUGAGUACUGACCUGAGAUGCACCAGAUUAUCUGGAUGGAUGUGGUCAGAUACCUAGCCAUUUUUACAUUCCCUCUGAUCAGAAUUUGGUACAAUAUAAUUUAGACUUUAUUCUAAAAUUUAAAAUAGUUUUUAAUUCUGAGGAAAACAUACUGUCUGUAUUAUUGACAUGCAACAGAAUAAAAGUGGGUUAGUAUAUUAAUGCCACGGUAACAGUAAAAGGAUGUAAGUUAUACGCUAUGCAUGAGGGCAACUUUGGGUGUUUUAAAUAUAUUUGACUUAUUUUUGGUUUAAUGAAUGCUAAGAAUGCUGCUAUAUUUAGGUUUCCAGUGAAAAUUUUUAAGAAUGGCUAUGACAAUGUAUAGAAGCUUCUAGAGAACUGAAAGUAAUAAUGCAUAGUUGCCUUUUCUAGUCCAGCUAAAUGGCAGACCUCAACUAAAGAUAUUUUCUUUGGGUUCUUAGAAUUACCAAGUUGACCUUGCCAUUAUACUGUUUUGCAAAAAAAACUUGAUAAAUCAAUGAUUCUUACCUAAUAACCACAACCUAUACACAUUUGCUCUCAGUUUGUAAUAGUUAUUUCAUAUCUAUAUAUAUUUAAAAAUUAGAAUUAAAAAAUCAAAAUAAUUUGUAGAUUUUCUGAUAAUAAUGGUUUAUGUAUGCCCGAUAUAUGCCUUAUUUUUAAAAGGUUCCAUUCUAUACUGGGUCAUUUUGUUAUUGUUCAGAGAAUUGAGAUCUUAUUCACAAAGAAAAAUAAUUUUUAUAAAUUGAUUACAUUCUAUUUAAAUCAAAACGUUAAACUGAAGACAUAUUAGACUUUGCAGUUUUUCAUUGCAAAGAUACCUGGGCAUACCAUGAAAAACACAAAGUCAGGAUCCAACUCAAUUGUUGUCAGUAAUUAUCAGCAUUAACCUAAUAACUUUUAAAAAAGGCUGGCCGGAUCCUGACAGUUCAUCUGAAUUUUCAAGCUGCCAAAUAAUCUUCACAGACCUAAUUACAGAUAGAAAUACUAUUUCCUUGAUAAGAAGAUUAUAUAAAUGUGAAUUUGAUUAAUACAACGAGCAGCUGUACUUUUUAACCAGUUAUAUGACUUCUGGAAGUACGUCUCUAAGAAAUCUUUUCUAAGUCUUUUUUUAAAACAGAGGAAAGAAAACUCAUCUCCCUAUAACAUCUUAAAAAUAUCUUAGUCUAUUUCUGAUCAUUUUUAUCUAUUGUAAAUACAAUGAGUUAGAUUAAGUACCACAUCUUUGGAUAUAUUUCAGAGAGGGGAAGUGGGCACUGGUAUGCAAAAAUACUAAAUAGAAAAUUUUGCAUCUGGGGGAAUAUUCAGUUUCUGAAUACUAAGUUAGAUUAUAAGUUUUUUAAAUUAUUGUUACACUGAAAGUUGUUUAAUUGUGAUUUUCUACAGGUAUCAAAUACAUUGGAAGAUUUUUUUUUUCCUUACCAAGGGGUGAUUUGAAACAGUAUUAGUAUAUUUGACCCUUUGGAGUGUUUGUCAUCCUCAGAGAAUGAUCCGUAGUGGGUUGCCUCAGUCCUUUUUUUUUUUUUUCUGAUGAAAUAUUUUGGUUAGCUUUUUUUUUUUUCCUGAUGCAUGGGGAAUUUAUAUGUGAGAUUUUGGUUGGUAUUAAUAGGAGUUACCUAAAUAAUUAAUUCCCUCAGCCAUCACUGAGCUAGUCAUCAAUUUCUGUAGUUCAAAUUAACUGUAGAUGAAAGCUAAAACAAGACUAAGACAGUAAAAACAUAGAACUUACACUGUGAAAUGUGAAUAUUAACAGUGUUUAAGAAGAACAAAAAAGCGCUCGCUUCCAGAAUAUAAAUACAUUUUCUACCUGCACUAAAAGAAUAUUUUCUUUGUGAAUAAGAGCAAAGUGGCCUUUCAAGAAAAGAAACUUCAUUUAAAUCCACUUCUGUAAACACCUUUCCAAGUUAGAACUAUAAUAACAGAUUGAGGAAAUAACAUGGAAAAGGCAAAAAAAACCUCUUGACUUCAGGUGUGCAAAGGGCAUGAGCAGAUGGACGGUUCCCUGUGUACAUUGCCUUUGAAAAAUUGGGCCUUAAUUUAUAUGUAAAUAACAGUUCUGUGUUCACAUCCCUCUUCUACCUAAAGUUGUCUUUAUUAGUCCAUAUUGUAUUAAAAUUUAGCUCAUUAAGUCUUACUUUUAUAUUAUGUCAAUUUUGGGGUUUUUUUUUAAGUUGCAUGUUUAUGCUAUUUGCUACAGUGUUUUUCAGUUUGGGUUGAAGGCCAUCAGCUGUAUGGAGAAGACAAAACAAUCACUAUUCAGUAUUGCUGCUUUACAUUUCCAGAAUAAGCUUUCGAUGCCAGGACAGUGACUGCUUGAAAGCUGCAGGAGCUCUAUUCCAAUGCAUUUUAUAUAUUUUUAGAAACCAAAUAAAUGCAGAUAACUAUUUAGUAUACUAAUUAUAUUAAACCAGCAGAAAUAUAAAGGCAAUAAAGUAUAUACAUAUAUAUAUGGGGGGAGGGGAAAGGUUAAAAAAAUAGGUUUACAGCCAGACACAGUGAUAAGCCCUAAAUGUAUUUCUCAAUCUGUCUUUCUUUAUUGACCCGAAGAGGAUUUGAGUUGCUGCAGCUUUAAACAGAAAAUUGCCAUGUUCACCUACUAUGAACCCCUAAGUAUGCUUUUAGUACUGCUUUGCUUAUGUACAAGUAAAAUACCUGUAAUCUGUAUUAUAUGUAAUUAUUUCUUUUCUUUUGACUGUCAUUUCAAAAUGUAUAUUUUCUGAUUAUUAUCAUGAGCUGUAAAACAAAGGAUCAAUAUCUGAUAUUCUCCCAAAUAAUAAAUUUUCAGGAUUCACUGGGGCAUUA